AUGCGGACUUCGCAUCUAGCUGCUCAAGCUUCAAAUUAUGCAUUGCCACGAUUCCAAGUAAUGCUCGAAUCAAAUUUUGCACCUAGUCCUAGUCCUAGUCCUAGUCCUAGUCCUAGUCCUAGUCCUAGUCCUAGUCCUAGUCCUAGUCCUAGUCCUAGUCCUAGUCCUAGUCCUAGUCCUAGUCCUAGUCCUAGUCCUAGUCCUAGUCCUAGUCCUAGUCCUAGUCCUAGUCCUAGUCCUAGUCCUAGUCCUAGUCCUAGUCCUAGUCCUAGUCCUAGUCCUAGUCCUAGUCCUAGUCCUAGUCCUAGUCCUAGUCCUAGUCCUAGUCCUAGUCCUAGUCCUAGUCCUAGUCCUAGUCCUAGUCCUAGUCCUAGUCCUAGUCCUAGUCCUAGUCCUAGUCCUAGUCCUAGUCCUAGUCCUAGUCCUAGUCCUAGUCCUAGUCCUAGUCCUAGUCCUAGUCCUAGUCCUAGUCCUAGUCCUAGUCCUAGUCCUAGUCCUAGUCCUAGUCCUAGUCCUAGUCCUAGUCCUAGUGAGCACAUGAGAUUGAGCAGACUCACCCCUAGCUCAACGACUUAG